CUCACAUCUCAAUUAUCUCAGCUCCAAUAUAAUGAGAAUCGGAUUGCCCUCGACAGAUCAAUAAAUGUCACCAUCGAAAUCUUGAAUGAUUUGAAAAUGGAGGUCAAAGAAAGACCAAUUCACUAUCCGGUAGAAUGUUUUACUCAACAUCAUGAUGAUUUGUUGAAUGAUAAUAAGUCACUCCGAGCACUUCAAAGACAUUCAAGCUUAGAUUUACCCAUAUCUGAGGAUCAUCUGCCUUCUUCAAGUCUUCCUAUCGCCAGUCUUAAUACUGUCGCUUCUGAUUCCAUUGCUCUGAUUCAUUUGAAGCUCUUGAAUUUGAAUUUCAAGACAUCUGAUAAUAUAAUCGGCAAUUGCAAUGGUAAAUUGAUUGAUAACUUUGACAGGCAAACCUUGUCACGAUUAUUAAGCCAGAAAAUUGAUUCAUCCAUUAAUCAUUUAUUGUCCCUUCGUGAACGUAUUGACGAUACAUCAUCAAAAGUUUUUGUCACUGGAGAUCUAAACGCAGGAAAAUCUACGUUUUGUAAUGCAUUAUUGAGAAGGAAGUUGUUACCUGAGGACCAACAACCAUGUACCAAUGUGUUUUGCGAAGUAAUAGACUCCUCAGUAAAUAAUGGCAUUGAGGAAGUUCAUGCAAUACCACUUUCAAUUUUAUCUCAAAGAUCGAAUUUAUCUCAAACUUCAAAUUUGUCUUUAACAUUUUCUUCAAAGCCCUCUCCCUCAACUUACAACAUUAAAGACGAGUCGACUUACAAAAUCUUUUCAAUUCAUGACUUGCAUGAGUUGGUCCAAGAGUCAGACAAGUAUUCUUAUUUAAAGGUUUAUGUAAAUGAUAAUAGAAAUUUAGAUGAAUCGUUAUUAAGAAAUGGUGUUAUUGAUAUUGCUCUUAUUGAUGCUCCUGGUCUAAAUAUGGAUUCAUACCAAACGACUCAAGUAUUUUCCAGGCAGGAAGAAAUUGAUUUGGUUGUGUUUGUAGUUAAUGCUGAAAAUCAUUUUACUUUAUCGGCUAAAGAGUUUAUUACUGCUGCUGCAAGAGAUAAGAACUUUAUAUUUAUUGUGGUGAACAAAUUUGAUAAUAUCAGAGACAAAAAUAAGUGCAUAACAAAAAUAUUGGAUCAGGUUCAAAGAUUAAGUCCAGAUACUCAUAAAGAUGCAAGAGAUUUUGUUCACUUUGUUUCUUCCUCCCAAAUUCUUGAUCAUCAGAGUUCAACUGGUCAUUUCAAUAAUUACCCUAACCACGGAAAUGAUGCAAACAACAUUGACAUCAAUGAUGAUCCGAACUUUGAUCAUUUAGACUCAUCGCUAAGAAAGUUCAUUUUAGAAAAAAGAGCUUUAUCCAAAUUGGCUCCAGCUAAAAAUUAUCUUCUAAAAAUUUUAUCGGAUGUCGAAAGUUUGUCUCUACUAAAUGAAAAACUAUUUUUAAAAGAUAAAGAAUGCGCUUCAGAUAAACUAAGUCAAAUCAACCCAGUUUACGAAAGACUUUUAGCUAAUAGUGUCAGCUCAUUUGAUGAAAUUAACAAAUACAUUGAGAACGUCUCUUUUGAUAUCUAUAAGUUCUCAAAAACAACAAUAUCGGCAGCCAUUGCUGAGUUAUGUUUUGUUGAUAACGAUCAAAUUCCUUAUAAAGGUGUACAUUCUAUUUAUCAGUAUGCUUUAAAAACACAAGAUCUAAUGAUUUCCAAAGUCCUUGAAAGUGUGGAAAUUAGUGAAAACUAUGCGAAAAGAAAAACUUCUGAGGGUGUUGAAAAAAUUAAAAUUAUUGGAAAAUCGGCAUUGGAGAGGGAUGAUUUGAUGGAUGACAGGAUAUUCAGAAAUGAUUUUAUGUUUACCAAGAAAAGAGAUACUAUUGUAAGGAAUCUAAAUGAACCAAUAUCAUUGUUGGAUUUUUUUGAUCCUUCAUUUGAUCUGUUUUUGGGAUUUCUUGGUUUGAAAAAACAGGCUGAGAUUUCUAAUAGACCAUUGAAUCGUUUUGGUAUUCCAGAACCUAAUAAAGCAAAAUUCGACUGGAAGAGUUCAGUUUCUUUGAUUUUCCUUACUUCCUCCGCCAAAUUAUUUUUAACAAAGGAUCUAAUUCUCACUAAUUUACAUUCUUUGGGCAAUUUUUCAACUCUCUUCCAUUCAAAAACUUCAGUUGGCUUAGUCUUAUUUUCCGUGGGAUUCUUAGGAGUGUGCUGGCUAAUUAAUGAUAUUCCAAACGCCUUUAAAAAUAAGUUCUCCAAAAAAUUAGCCCACUCAAUAAAUGACUUGGACUACGCAAAUACUAAUUCUAUGAGAAUCUCAAAGGAAUGCAGGCUAAUUUUGAACUAUCCAUUAAAAGAAAUAUCUGAAAAUUUUCAAACAGAGAUUAAAGAACAAAAUGAAAUGAAAGAGAAAGUUUUCCGAGAGUUAAAGGCUUUUGAAAUUGGUUUAGGAACUUAUAAAAAGUUA